AUGAAUAUGGGUGAAGGAAAAACUUCAGUUGUUCUUCCAAUUUUAGCACUUAAUUUAAGUUCAUCAUCAUCAAGUCUGGUUCGUAUAAUUGUAUUAAAAUCUUUAUUUCCAAUGAAUUAUCAAUCAUUACGAUGUAAAUUAGGUGGUUUAUUAAAUCGACGUGUUUUACCAUUUUCUUGUCGACGUGAUAUGAAUUUUACUACUGGAGAAGUCAAUCAAAUUUUUAAUCGUUUACAGCAAGGAUUAAAACAUUGUGAUGUGAUAUUAACUUCACCAGAAGAUAUUCUAUCAUUUGAUUUACUAACAAUAGAUAAAUGUCGACGAAAUGAAUUUAUUGUUGGUCAAUCAAUGUUAUCUGUUCAACAAUGGUGUAAAAUAUAUAUUCGUGAUAUUUUAGAUGAAUCGGAUGAAAUUUUACAUGUUAAAUAUCAAUUGAUUUAUUCAGUUGGUCGUCAACAACAAGUUGAUGGAGGUGUAGAACGUUGGAAAACUAUUCAAUCGAUUUUAAUAUUCGUCAAACAACAUGCUGCAACUAUUGCGCAACAGUAUGGAGACGACGUUUUUUAUAAAACUUCAACACGUCCGAGUCAUUUUCCAGAAUUUCGUUUAUUGUCACAUCAACCAUUUCCAACAUUAUGUAAACUUAUUCUUAAGGAAUGGCUUAGUCAAAGAAGCUUUCGUCAAAAUGAUUUGCAGAUGAUAGAAUCGUUUAUUUUGAACACAAAUUCAUCUAUAGAUGAUCUGACUGGUCGAUUUUCUGACAUAAUUAUUCAAUUAUUCCUGAUUCUGCGUGGUUUAUUAUCAUCCGAAGUUCUAUUCGUUGCUUUGAAAAGACGUUAUCGUGUUAAUUUCGGUGUGAACCAAAAUUCGAAAUUCGAUCGUUUAAUGGCUGUACCAUUUCGUGCAAAAGAUGUUGCUGCAGAAAAUACUGAAUUCGGUCAUCCAGAUGUUGCGAUCAUUUUAACUCAACUUUCGUAUUUUUAUAGUGGUUUAAAUGAUACACAAAUGAUGCAAUGUUUCAAUCGUAUGAACGAUGAAGAAGAAGAUCCUGAUAUGAUUUAUGAAGAAUGGAUUUCUCAAGAAAAUAAAACUGAUGAUUUGAUUUCAAAUAUUCAACAUUGGAAAUCAAUUAAUUUAAAAAAUUCUCAACAAACAACUGAAUAUCUCUUUCCAAGUUUACGUCACAAUAUCUUAGUAAUUAAUUAUUUUCUUAAUCAUUUCGUUUUUCCUCGUGAAGCAAAACAAUUUCCAAAUAAAUUGAUUGCUUCUGCUUGGGAUUUAUCUUCAUCAUUCUCACGAAAACAAAUCAUUACUGGAUUUAGUGGAACAAAUGAUACACAAUUAUUACUCCCUGCUCAUAUUCAUCAAUGUGAUUUACCAGAAUUACGCAAAACCGAUGCUCUUGUUCUUAAUAAUUUACUUCGAAUUGAAAAUGAAAAUUAUCAAUGUUUACCGAUUAGUCCGAGUUCAGAAGAGAUUUUGAAACAAAUUGUCAAUUGUGAAUUAGAUAUUCAAGUGAUUCUUGAUGUUGGUGCAUUAUUUAUCGAUGGAACAAAUCAUCAAAUAGCCGAGAAAUGGUUAAAUUUAUUAGAUAAAACCAAAAUUGAUUAUGCAGUUUAUUUCGAAUUCGAUGAAAUUUUUGUUAUUGAUCGUCUUAAUCGAUGUCAUGCUUUUUCAACAUCACCUGCCAGUGAACGUCUAGAUCGUUGCGUAUUUUAUCUCGAUGAAAUUCAUACAAGAGGAACAGAUUUUAAAUUUCCAAAUGGUUUUCGAGCAGCGGUGACAUUAGGAAAUGGUUUAACGAAAGAUCGUUUAGUUCAAGCAUGUAUGAGAAUGAGAAAAUUAGGAAAAUGUCAUUGGUUAAGUUUUUGGAGUUCAAAUGAAGUUCAUCAUCAAAUUGAAAUGUUGAAAAGAAAUUCCUUGUCAACUGAUGAAAAAGUUACUCUAGUUGAUAUCCUUCGGUGGGUAUAUGACAAUAGUCAACAAGCAACUUGGGAUGGUUUACAUCAUUGGGCUACACAAAGUUUAAGUUUUCAACGAAAAGUAACUGCUUUUCAAAAUAUCUAUCGGAAUACUAAUCAACAAACAUAUACAAAUACAAUGAUGGAACAGUUAGCUAAAGAUUGUUUAGAAAAUGAAAUACUAGAUUUAAAAUCAAUGUAUGGUCCAUCAAAAACUUGGCAAACUAUUUUGGAAAUUUAUUCUGCUCGAUAUAAAUAUUUUCAGAUAUGUUCAUCCACCGAAAUUCAUAAAGCUGUCACUAAACGUUUAAAAGAUUAUGGUGGAUCGAAAAAAUUACUAUCACAAUUAUUAGAUGAAGAACAACAGCGAGAAUUAGAACAAGAACAAGAAAUGGAAGAAGAACGACAACAAAAACGUCCACCAGCUGUUCAACCUUAUGAACCUGUUUUGCACAAUGAAAUUAAAAGUUUAUGUAAUAUGGAAGGUCCUACGGUGAAAUUAUCCAACUUAUCUUCAGUAUUCCGUCCUCUGAAAGAUGCUUUUCUUGGUACUACAUUUCAUGAACACAGCCAAUUUCAUUGUUGGCAAGCAAAUCUUUGGAUUUCGACUGAAUUUCAACGAGUUAUUCAAACACGUGGAGAAUCAUUAGAUCCAUUCCUGCGUCCACCACGAUGGGUGUUCAUCUAUCGUAAUCAACACGUUAUUUUUGUUAGUGCUUUCGAAGCCAAUUGGUUGUUAGGUCAAUUACAGCAUCUUCACCACAAGCAGAAACUUGUUCAACCACCAACGACCACAUUACGCCUUCUUCUGCCACGUCUUCAACGUGAUCAAUCGAUUUUUAUUGAUAUCUCACGUCUGACCAUUCCUCCAACUGUUCCCUGUUCUAUUCCAGUUGAAUGGUUGGUUCAAUUGUUUCUUUUUAAUGGCACUCUCUAUUUCAAUACUGUUGAAGAGCAAACAGCUUAUUGUCAAUGUUUAGGUCUAUGUCCAAAACCACGAACAAAACUCGAAGAUGAUGCUUUCGAUAAUGGCUGCAUCGCUCUCGAUGGUUAUGUAGAACAACCGGAACAUCGUGAACAACUAAAACUUCAUCAUUGUUGUUUUCCUUCGAAUCCAUUGAUAUUUGUGAAAAAACUGCUUGAAAAUCGAAAUAGUUCACAUGCACCACUGAUAUCACAUGUGGGCAGUAUUAUUUUCAAUGCAGUUAAAUUGCCAAUACCAUAA